AUGGCCGACAAACAAACCACCAUCUACGUGAUCGAUCUCGGAAAGUCCAUGGGCGAGGGGCCCAAGAACGGGAGGACGGAGACGGAUCUAGAGUAUGUGCUGAAAUACGUGUGGGACAAGAUCACGUCAACGAUUGCGAAUGGGAGGAAGACGGAUACGAUUGGGAUUGUGGGGUUUCGCACCGAUGGAACUAAUAAUGAGAUGGUCGAGGAGGAUGAUAGUUACGAAAAUGUCUCGGUCAUGAGCCCGGUGAAACAGUUCCUUUUACCGGACCUGAGAGAGAUGCAGGAGAAGCUUGUUCCUAGUAGGGUGGAUGUGGGAGAUGGCAUCUCGGCGCUCUGUAUCGGGAUACAGCUGAUCAUGCUUCACUGUAAACGACUUAAAUUCAUCCGGAAUAUCUGCUUGGUCACGAAUGGUAGAGGAUCUUUCGAUAUGGAUGAGGUUGAACAGAUCAAGGAACAGAUAAAAGCCGAGGGUAUCAAUCUUACUAUUCUAGGUGUGGACUUUGAUGACGAGGAUUUUGGAUUCAAGGAGGAGGAUAAACCCCCAAAGAAGGCCAAAGUCGAAGAGUCUCUGAAAAAGCUAUGCGAGGAUGUUGGUGGCGUAUUCGGAACCAUACAAGAAGCAAUUGAGGAGCUUGGUAACCCUCGUCUCAAGAAGACUCGACCAGUAGCCUCAUUCAAAGGUGACCUCACUCUUGGAGAUCCUGCUCAAUACCCAAACGCUGUCACCAUCAAUGUUGAGCGUUAUCCCCGCACAAUGGUCGCCAAGCCCAUCAGCGCUAGCUCUUACAUCAUGAAAGCGGAGGCUAGGGAAGGCGAAGAAGCAGACGUCAGCCUGGAAGCAGUCAGACAAGCCAGGGCAUACCAGGUUGACGAUCACGAUGCAGCUGGCGGGAAGAUGGAUGUUGAUAGAGAUCAAAUGGAAAAGGGAUACACUUAUGGCAAAGAGGUUGUGCCAAUUAGUAGUACAGAUGAGACAGUAACGCUUUUUGAAACAGAGCCAGGGCUGCAGAUUGUUGGCUUUAUUCCAGUAGAAAAUUAUAAACGGUACUUCAGCAUGUCAAGUACCAAUGCUAUCGUUGGAGCAAAGGGAAACCCGAAAGCUGCAAUGGCAUUGUCAUCUUUGAUUCAUGCUCUUUUUGAGCUUGAUUCUUAUGCACUGGCGAGGCUUGUCAAGAAGAAAGAUACACAGCCAUUGAUGGUUGUCUUGGCACCUUUUAUUGAUGCUGAGUUUGAAUGCCUGAUCGAUGUCGAGGUACCCUUUGCCGAAGAUGUCAGAGCAUACAAGUUCCCGCCUCUGGAUAGAGUUAAGACUGUUUCAGGAAAGGUACUUGAUAAGCAUCGAUAUAUCCCCACACCGGAUAUGGAUAAAUAUAUGAGUGAUUAUGUGGAUAGCAUGGAUUUAUCCAACUUUGGUGAAGACGAGGAAGGGAAUCCAUCAGAGUAUAUCACUGUGGAAGACACAUAUUCCCCUAUCGUCCACCGUAUCAACCAAGUCGUUCGCUGGCGCGCAAUACACCCCAACGAACCAAUCCCACCUCCUUACGAAGUUUUGCUCAAGUAUUCCAAGGUUCCCGAAGGCCUGUUGGAAAAGAUAGAAGAUCCCCUUGGCAAGCUCAUUGCAGCUUGUGAUAUCAAGGUAGUUGAUCCUAAGGUUACUGGUAAACGAGGCCGUCGUGAACAGCCAGCACCUAAAUCUGGUCUCGACAUUGAAGCACUCCUCAACGAAGACGAACCCAGCUCAACCUCCGACGCCCCUAAAAAGCCUAAAAAGAUUUCCGCCACCAAUGCGAUUCCAGAGUUCAAGCAGCGGUUUACGCAGACUGACGAUCUGGAUGAACUUAUAUCCGCAGGGCAGGAAAUGCUGGAAAUCAUCAAGGGACUCAUCACCCACAGUUUGGCAGACACAAAUUACGCACGUGCAUGUGAGAUGCUGAAGGUUAUAAGAGAUGCAUUUACAGAAUUCGAUGAGCCGGAGGUGUAUAAUGAUAUUAUAAAAGAGUUGAAGAGGGCCAUCUAUGCGGAGGAGCUGGAUGGUGAUAGGGUCGAUAUGUGGAGAGAGGUGAGGGUUAAUAAGUUGGGGCUCGUAACGGCUAAAGAAGGUAAUGGAAGAGGUGUCGAAGACGAUGAAGCAAAGGCGUUCUUAUGGACAUGA